AUGACUGGCGUUCUGCUUUUUGAGGCUGGUUUCUGCAGGUCCUGUGCAUGUAGGGAGCGCCGGAAGCUGGGAGCCGGAGCAUGCGCAGUCUCUCCAGAGGAGAAUAGUUGUAGCGGGAGUAGAGUCCAAGUGUAA